AUGCCGGGCUCUCCCGAGACUGCAUCUACCGACUGUCCGGUCCGAGUCCUCGUUCUGGUAGUUUCGUUGCUGCUCCAGUGUUUCCUACCAGGGCAAGCCUUUUUGUCGCCGUCCAUCAUUGCGAAUCGCUUUGUAACCGGAAAGACGCCCGUACGCAACGACUGGUGCUAUUUACAACGAAGGGUCGCCUCAACUUCAACGUCUACCUCAUCGGCAGCGUCUACCCCGAAGCCUACCUUUGCCACCAUUUCAAAACCGAACAAAGCAAGCGUCCGUGGUAGUUAUCGCACCAACGCCUUAGUCGCUUCGUCCCAAACCGCGACUUACGAUUCAGCCAGCCUACCGAAGCCUUCCGUGGCGUCUACCAUCACCACAACCACUGCGGACUAUCAACGUGGCAUGCUCACGGUCGGACUCAUUACGGUCCUCUUCGCGUCCAAUAGUCCCGCCAUUCACGCCGCCUUUUCUCAAGUCACGCAAGCUGCCAUUCCGCCACCCGUAUUCUUUAUCAACGCAGCCGUCAGUGUCGUUGCCUUGGCCGGUGUCGCCCUUGGGGGCCCCAUUCUCGAUCGGGUCGUUCCCGAUCCCCAACGCGUCAAUGCCGACACGGACACUGCCGUACCCGUAUCAACGACAAGAAUGAUAGCUACCGCUACUGCAACGGAAGGACCGGUUUGCUGGGGUCUCGAUCGUACCCACCGAGCGGGACUCGAGUUGGGCUUUUGGAAGUUUCUCGGCACGACGGCCAAUCUCUCCGGCCUGGCCCUUACCACAGCCGACCAUGGGGCUUUCUUGAUACAACUCACUACACUCUUGGUACCCGCCGCCCAAGGUGCCACGGGGGUAUCCAUUCCCACCCGUAUUUGGACCGCCAUUGCUUUGGCCAUGGCGGGCGUCGCCCUAUUGACACAGGAUGCUGCUGGCGUCGACACGGCGCAGACUGUGGCUAACAUACAGACGGCUUGGCUUGGAGACGUCCUCUGCAUUGUGGCCGCCGUUUUUUACGCCAUCUAUGACUUGCGCCUCUUUGCAUGGGGCAAGCAGGUAGCACCACUGCCGCUCAUUACCAACAAGGUUGCAACCCAGGCAACCCUCAGUGUCACUUUGUUGCUCGCCACAUCCGGCAACGGCGGAUGGGAUAGUUGUCGGCUCUUUUUUGAAACAGCCUCGACACACGACUUGACCCUUGUUGCAGCCGUGACUAUCUGGAGCGGUGUGAUCGUGAACGGCGUCGUACCGUACCUCCAAGUCGGUGCGCAACAAGCCGUGGGACCAGCACGGGCCCAAAUCGUGUACGCGUCGCAACCCAUCUGGGCCGGUAUACUGGCCUACCUGUGUUUGGGAGAAACCCUGGGAGUGUAUGGUGGACUCGGUGCCGUGCUCUUUGUGGCCGCCAUUGGGCUGGCCGCCACGGCACCGUCGCCCGAUCCCGAUUGUCCCGAAACAUCCUGUGAAGUGUGA